AUGUUGUAUAAUCUUUCUGUUGAACUAGAAAUUCCAGGAGUACAGAAGAAGAUUGUCCUCAACGCCAUCCUUGAUACUGGAGCUACCACGUGUGUCGUGGAUUCUGAAUCCGUUCCCACAGAAGCACUGGAAGAGAACACCUAUACUGUGCAGUUUAAUGGGAUUAACUCACAGUCUAAGGCAAAUAAAAAGCUUCGAGGAGGAAAAAUGUAUAUCGGAGACAACUGGUUCCGAAUACCAUAUACAUACAGUUUUCCAUUCCGUCUUGGUGGCAGAAUACAAAUGAUUAUUGGCUGUAAUUUCAUACGGUCAAUGUACGGCGGCGUACGUAUUGAAGGCGAUAAUGUCACGUUCUAUAAGAAUGUCAUUACUAUCCAGACUCGCCAAUCUGUUAACCCCAUGGAAGCUGAAGUUGAUGAUGAUUUCCUCAUUGAUCAUUACUAUGAUCCUACAGAAGAAUGGAUAUUUCAUUCUGUUGAGCAUAACCCUCGUGCUUCUAGAUUUGAAGACAAAUAUCCAAAGAUUAUGAAGCAUUUGCAGAGCUGUGGAAUCAUCGGAGAAGAUCCCAUGAAGCAAUGGUCUAAGAAUCAAAUAACAUGCAAAUUGGACCUGAAGAACAUUGAUUUUAUCAUUGAUGAUAAACCAAUGAAGCAUGUUACUCCAGCCAUGAAGGAAAGCUUCAAGAAGCAUAUCGACCAGCUGCUGGAAUUGAAGGUUAUUCGUGCAAGUAAAAGCAGGCAUCGAACUACUGCUUUCAUAGUCAAUUCAGGUACUUAUAUUGAUCCAAUCACAAAGGAAGAGAAACGAGGAAAAGAGCGUAUGGUUUGCAAUUAUAAGAGGCUCAAUGAUAAUACGCAUAAGGAUCAGUAUAGCUUGCCCGGAAUCAACACAAUUAUGGCAAAAAUUGGCCAUAGCAAAAUCUACUCCAAGUUCGACCUGAAGAGUGGAUUUCAUCAAGUCGCAAUGCACCCUGACUCGAUCGAGUGGACAGCCUUUUGGACACCAUUGGGACUCUAUGAAUGGCUUGUGAUGCCAUUUGGUCUAAAGAAUGCCCCUGCUGUGUUUCAAAGAAAAAUGGAUGUCUGUUUCAAAGGAACGGAGGAAUUCAUCGCUGUUUACAUUGAUGAUAUUCUUGUAUUUUCACCUGAUGAACAGGCUCAUGAGAAGCAUAUCCAUAAGAUGAUCGAAGUAUUCAGUGACGCCUUGUAUCUCAUAGGCAAAGCCUACGUUUGGCUUGAUCUCCAGUCCACCUCGUAUCUCGGAGUACUAGAACAGCCAUGUUUCCCUGUUCUGUUCUAUGCAAGACUUGGAAACGAACUUGUAUUACUCCGAUAUGAACAUACUGCAUAUGGCUCCGUUGCAGUUCUUCAAAACUCUCAGGUUGGAUGA